ACCUGGGCAAAGCCCCAGAUCUUUUUCAGCCGUAAAUCCGCCCCUGAUCCCCGGAUCGCAUAGAUAAGAGAAUCUGAAUCUAAGCAGCCUGAGAUCUUACUGAGGACCACACCCCCGUGGCUGUUUAUUGGUUGAUGGGAGUAAUCUAGCCUGGAUGUGGCUGCUCCUGAGGGUUUAUACUUCUAAAGCUCCACCAACUCCCACAUCCUGUGGAACACUUGUUGUUGUCAGCGCAUCCCUGGGACAGGCCACCCGAACCGCUUCAGCUCCCCUGGGAUUUCCCGCUGGGAGUGAUGAACUCCAUCGAGCCGCAGUCCCAUCACCAGCACCACACCUCCCCGAACGUCGGCUCUCUUCCUCCUAAAGGUGCCCAGGAGUCCCCGGACAUGGCCGCUGCGGUGUACUGUGACAACUUCAGCAGCAUGUAUCACCAGCAGAGCCUCCCAGGCGCGCAGAGAGCGGCUAACUACGGCCUCGGGGACUACACCUCCUCCCCAAACCCGUACCUGUGGAUCAACGGACCAGGGGCAAAUUCCUCCACCUCUUACCUGCACGGCAACAACCCGGCAUCGUUCAUCCCGCCCUCCUACAGCUCCCAGCGGCAGUUCCUAACCAACUCACCUGGAUUCGUGGGGCCCGACUUGGGCUGGCUUUCCAUCGCCAGCCAGGAGGAGCUGCUGAAGCUGGUGCGUCCUCCCUACUCCUACUCCGCGCUCAUCGCCAUGGCCAUCCAGAACGCGCACGAGAGGAAGCUGACCCUGAGUCAGAUCUAUCAGUACGUGGCCGACAACUUCCCCUUUUACAAGAAGAGCAAAGCCGGCUGGCAGAACUCAAUCAGACACAACCUGUCUCUGAACGACUGUUUCAAGAAGGUCCCGAGGGACGAGGACGAUCCAGGAAAAGGAAACUAUUGGACGUUGGAUCCAAACUGUGAAAAGAUGUUUGACAACGGGAAUUUCCGCAGGAAAAGAAAAAGGAGAUCCGAUCCGAGCAUUGGCGGAGGAGCAGCAGCUGUAGCUACAAAGGUGGAGGAGUGCAGAGCCAGCGUUUCCACUUCGCUGAAGACGUCAGACAAUCCCCCGGCCGUGGGACCUUCUUCUCCUAAGAUGGAGGCAAUGAUGGAAACCCAAAAAAGCACAUCCUCGUCUCCGGCAGGUCUCACCACGGCCACUCCCUGUUUUAAUAACUUUUACAGCAGCAUGUCCACGCUCAGCUCAGGGUCCCCCAGCCGACAGGGGUCCCUGGGACUGCUAAACGAGCUGUCCAACAGGAACAUAACCGCCCUGGGUUCGUACCACCCGGGCCACAGCGGACAGGACACAGGGCCGUCAGAUCACAGCGAUGGCCUUCAUUUCAACCGUGGAGUGUACUACAACACGUUUGGCCCUGGGCAGAGUGGACAGUUUAACACACACUUUUACAACAGCUACAGUGUGAACAGCCUCAUUUAUCCCAAAGACGGGACUGAGCUCUAGGACACAUCUGAUCCGUGGAAAAGCCCACAGAGAGAAACAUGUAGGAUUGUUCUGUCCAGCCCAGACAAGUCAGAACACCAAAUACAUGUAUGUCAAUUACAAUUUCCUUCUGCUUUUCUGUGUUUUUAAAGAUUUUCUUUUCUUUAAUUGCUAAAUUGAUUUAGUUAAUCAAUCCUGUUGAAACGUUUGAAAUGUUCCAACAGAAACCAGCCAAAGCUGCCUUCGUGAGACCGCCAUUACCUCAAAACAGCUCUGCCACAAUGCCGGAGUGCCCUCUUCUCUCUGUCCUCCAUGCUGACUGAAACCAUAGCUAUAGCACUUGUGUGGAUUUGAUACAUUUAUAAUUCUUUAAUUUUUACAGAUAGUUUGUGUAUAUUUAUGGUAUUUAUAUUAACAGACGUUUGUCCCAACACUAGUUCAUAAAAUGCACCGAGAAUAGUUUCACUAAACCUGUCUUAAAUAUAUUGAAGCACAUUUUCAAAGCUAUAUUGUUUCCUGUCAGGAUCCAGUCUGACAUCUAUUAAACACCUUUUUGGAUCUGUUGUUAA